AUGAACUUUAUUCAUAUUCUUUUCUUGUUAACUCUUUCUCCUUUAAUUUGCGUUAAUAGUGAGCAUUUUGUGCUUGUUCAUGGAGCAUACCAUGGGGCAUGGUGUUGGUAUAAGGUGGCAACUAUGCUUAAAUCAGCUGGUCAUAAUGUUACAACUGUUGAAUUGGCUGCUUCUGGUAUCAACCCAAUACAGGUUCAAGAUUUUGAUUCAAUUUCAACUUAUUAUGAACCUUUGAUCACAUUUAUGGAAUCUCUUCCUCCAAAUGAGAAAGUGAUUCUCGUCGGUCAUAGUAUUGGAGGAGUGUCUGAAUCUGUUGCUAUGGAAAAAUUUCCACACAAAGUUUCAGUUGGAGUUUUUGUUACUGCGUAUGUGCUUAGUCAAAAUCUCACAUAUCCUGCUAUUAUUCAAGAGGAAGGUAGAAGGAUCACUAAUUUAAUGGACUCAAAGUUUUUUUAUUUUGAUGGACCUGACAAACCUGCAACUGCUAGAUUGGUUGGACCCAAAUUCCUGGCAACCAGGCUGUAUCAAUUAUCACCACCUGAGGAUUUGACCCUUGCACUGUCCUUGGUGAGACCUGAUCGACUUUAUAAUGAUGUUGAAUUAUUGAAGAAGGAAACAGCAGUUACCAAUGAUAGAAAUGGAAGGGUACCUAAGAUUUUUAUCAUCAGUAAAAGUGAUGAGUUAAUAACAGAAGAUUUUCAAAAGUGGAUAAUUGAGAGAAGUGGUCCAUUUGCUGAGGUGAAUGUGAUUGAGGAUUCUGAUCACAUGGUUAUGUUCUCUAAACCAAACAUGCUUACUUCUAUUCUUCUAAAUAUUGCACAGAAAUACUAA